CCGUCACAUAAAAAACAGAAAUAGACAGAGCUGACUGACGUCACCGAGGGGGCGGAGACAAGGACCUCAAAAAGAUGGCGGGAAAAGCUCCGCGAUUCUUCUCCUGAAUUUAUACAUUUACAGUGGGAUGGAUUCCAAAAGCGCCAAGGUUUCCAUGUGGUUAUCCAAGAUGUUUGGAGACCAGCAAGUUCCUUCCUUUGAAGAAAAUCCAUGGACCAUGGAUGUUCUCUGCCAACUUAUGGAAUGGAAUGCAACUCGAGAUCAUGAUGUUACACAACUGAUUGAGGACCUGAAGCAAAAAACUGAAGAAUACAAGUCUGAUGCUGACUACGUACAGGAUUUCAUUAUGGACAGUGUUGGCCUGUCCACCUCUAGCCUGUCCAGUACUGGAUCUAGCUGCCUGAAAACACUGGUGGAUAGCAGCCUUGCUUUGAACUUGAAAGAUACUUCCCAAACCAGCUUUGUGCUUGCAAUAAACGACUUGACAUCUGAUCGUUUAGAAGCUGAGAACAGACACCAAAGAGAUCUUAUUAGUGAACUGUCGAAAAAGCUGACUGAAAUCAUCAUGCUGGAAAAGUCUUUACAAACGGAUUUGUUGAAGACAGAUGAUGAUGUCAUAGAAGCGAAGGCAAAAGCAGAGAAUAGAAAACAGAAUAUGGACGUCUUCAUAAAAAAGAUGAAAGAAUGGAGCCAAUUGAGCCAAAAUUUAGAGAACGAGCUGAAGAAGGUUGGAUUUGACUCAAGUUUAGAUCAUCGAUCACUGGUGGAACUCUCUGAGAAGCUGAAAAAUGUCAACCAGGAAGUAGCAUCUUUAAAUGAAAAACUGAAAUCCUACCAAGAUUUGACACCUAAUCUUUAUGCUGCCAAAGUGAAAAUUGAGGAAACUAAAUUGGAGCUGAAAAAAUUUGAACGGCUUCUUUCUGAGAAGAUGGAGGGUAUGUGGAGCUUGGUGCCUGAAAACAAUUUACUCAAAUGAACUGUCAACUGGCAAUAAAUGAAAUCCUUCAAACAUUAAGUAUCCCUGACUACAAACUUUCUAUGUGCCUACACCUUUGACAAGAGAACUGUGGAGUCUACAAUGUUGACUGAAGGUUCUGACAAAUUUGUCAUUUUAGACUAAUGAGGUUUAUUUGAACGUUAACAAGACCUUUUGUGAGUGGAUGUUAUGUAAGGGGACAUUUAAGUAUGGUAAGCUUCUUCUGUGAACAAAAAUGUCAACCAGCAAUAUAGUCCAUGUAGUUAGUGUUAUGAAGUUUGUGUAAUGAGUUUAUACCAUGUUAAAUUGGUAGUUAAAUGUUGCUGAACCUAAUAAAAUUCCAAAA